CGUAGCCAUUUUGGCUCAAGGCGUCAGGACCAUGGGCCCGAGUAUUUCGGCGCCCGUUCAGUCCCGACCCCAGCGCCACAGGCUGGCGCGACGCCAUGGCACCGGGACGGCCUGGCUGGCCAAGCUCGUCAGCGGCAGCAUGAUGCUCACCUUCCUGAAGGCCCACCGCCCUCCGGCCUGGUACUUCCUGGUGGAGGCCGACCUUGGUGAGCUCAACAUCCAGCUGAAGGGGCAGGGCGUCCAAGCAUCUUUCCCGAUCGACGGGGCCAGCGGCGACAAGUUCCCCAACGGCGGCAAGAAGGUCAAACCUGAGGGACACCUUCCUGGAGACCCGCGGCCACUCGGUCGGGAACUCCUUCGCGCAUGACGACCACAGCGAGCUUGUCACGAAGCGGGAGGAGCAGGCCAAGGCCAAGGGCGCCUGCGUACUACAUGUCGCCGUCCCGCAACGUCUACGACAUCUGGGAGGACCCGCUCCAAGCCUUCUGCUACGUCACGUUUGCUCAUCGAGAUGUCGGGGUCGUCCCCGCGCGACGUCGCAAGCAGCCGAUGAUGUUCAAGAGGCACCGCGAGAGCUCCCUAGUGCACAUGCUCAGGAAGUACACCCUCACAGCGGCUGCCUUCGGAGGCAUGUGCAUCAGCAUCAUCACCUUCUCCUCGUUGUUUGCGACGCUGCGCUUCGACUGGGCUCUGAACGUGAAUUUUACCGUGAGGCCGCUUGGCCGCUUGUUCAAUGUGGGCACCUCUGCGGAGGGGGACCCAAGGCACUCCUAGGGCACUGGCCGCGGCCCAAUCGGGCCGUGGGCCAGGGGACCUGGUGGGAGGGGACCUGGCACAGCCAAAAGAGUAAGAAGCGUGUCUUUGCCUGUGCUUACCCUUGCUCUGGCAAUCAUAAGGAUUGCUGAACUGUUGCUGAACUGCUACUGUGCGUGCCCAAGGCGGCACCUCCGCGUCUCGGUGGAGCACUCACCGCCUUGUUAGGCUUUUGUGCGUUCUCCGCCGCCUGCAGCAGGAGGGUGCUGCGUGGAAUCCCUCGACGGCCGAUGUGGUUGGUUGAGGCCCCUCCCUGUGCACGGUGCCAGUGUCCUUCGCGAGGUGGUUGUAGGAAAUGACGAUCCCUUUAAAGGGUCCGUGAGUUGGUGGGCCAACUGCGGUCGGGGGUUGCCCGGUCAUCUGCUGUGCUCUCGCGCAGUUGUUAGGGCCGCAUCGAGUCUGCUUCUCUUCCAUUUAGUAGUUGGAUUGGCGGCUGUUGCCACGGGCUCGGUCCCUGGGUGGCGGCGUCGAGGAACCUGAGCUGCGGCAAUAACGGUGAAGCGCUAUCACUUUAAGCCAACCCACCAUCCAGGUUCGGGUCAGGGGCAGUCGCCCGCGUUCCUGGUUGGGUUUAAUUUUCCCACUUUCGCACCGCGAUGGAGCCAAUCCAAUCCAAUCCAAUCC